GUGUGUGUGUGUGUGUGUGUGUGUGUGUGUGUACACGCUUUCUGGGUUGUGAGAGGGGUGUCUUCCUCUUCGGAUUGAGGAGGGGCCUUCCUUCUUUUUGGGUUGGUGAGGGGUUAUGUCUUCCUGCUGCCCCUCCCCUCUCCUACCUUAAGCAACUGGUAUUUUCAUGCCUCCCCCCUCCAUUUUCCAGAAAGCUAACCCAAAUAUUUUCUGCAUAAGAGGGAAGCUGCCCAGCUUUUCCACUCAGGAAAUUUCCCUCAGAGGCAAGAGAAAGAACUAAUUCAAAUCGCAAAUGCUGGGGAGUCGCAGUGCCCUGUGCCCCAGCCUGGGUUGUGGGGCCGCCCUGGUGCUUGCCUGGUGGCUCUAUUCCUGAGGUACAGGAGUCUGUGCCCUGCUUCAGAUCUUUUAGGAGCCAAGCGUGGAUGCCACAUUAUUUUGUGUGCGUUAGGAUCUGCUGUGCUUUGCUGUGGUCCAGCAGGAUUAGUUAAUGUGGCCCCAAGACCCUGGUCCCCAGCGAUGGGCAUGACAUAACCCCCACUCUCAGGAGCAUCGGGCCUGGCUGAGUCUGCUAAUUCUCGGCUUGGGUGCUGAGAAGACCCCCAGGGACCCACCCGCCCCCGUGGCCCCUUGGGGUGGCCAGGCACUAGUGCCCUGGGGCAGCGGGUGUCCUGGGACACAGCCCACUGAGUUCUCUGAAGGGGUCUGACAGCCGUAGCAGCAUUACCUGCAGGGGAAAUGAUUUUAUGGUGUGGAAGGAGCAAAACACAUUCAUUGCGUUUCUCCUGACCACAUGCAACCAGAAACAGUGCCAGGCAACCCUUGGCAGCCUCAGGGACGAGGCAGGAGCCUCCCUGGACCCCCACAGCAGCCAGGCCUCUGGCCUGGUGGCCUUGGGCUAGAUGCCCCCUCCCUGCAAACUCAGAUGACCACAGCGUCCUCCCACUCCCCCCGGCAGGAAGGGAAUUCGCAAGGGGCCUAGGUCACCUCUCCAGGGGGCUCUUCUGUGAACCAUGCCACCUCACUGCAGUGGACCGACGGUCCAGAUCUGACAAACAUCUUUCCCAAAACACAGGGCCAGCAGCGGAGAGUAAAAAUUGCCGUUGGACCUCCAUGUGCCCCGUAGCUGGUGUUGCUGGGGGUGUGUCGAGGAAGGUGGCUCUUGGAGUUGGUUUCCGUGGGAGGAGCGUGCGGCAUGCGUCGGGGCCCCAGGGUGGCAGCGGGGCUCUCUCCAGUUUGUUUUUCUUAAUUUGUUUGAACAUUUACCAAAUCUUUUUUCCUACCUGUGGGAAGCCACUUGCCCACCUAGAUGAAAGGGGUAGCAGUUUCAACAGAGAGCUCAGUUGAACAACCCAAAUUUACUAAGUGUGGGAAAGGCACAGGAGGGGGUCUUUGUGGUGGGCUGGGGACAGGAGGGAAGCUGUGUGGCACUCAACAUGCCCCAGCGCCUCUCACUGUUGUCGAGCGGGGGUGAGGGGUGACUGCUCUGGGAGACAGUUGAGCUGUGAGUUUCGGGGCCCUGCAGGACAGAACAGCCGGCAAGCACCUGGUCAUUCCUGUACCAGGCCAAGCUGGGAUUCAAACACAGGACUCAGUGGCCUCCAGAGUCCUUGCUCCUGCCUUUUGGGGCUCAAGGAGGGCUCCCAGGGUGCUGGCUGCGUUUGAGACAGGCCCUGAGUGGGGAGAGGUAGAAGGAGCCAGCAGCAGGGAGUGUGGAGGCACUUGGGUGCUGGAGCGGAGGGGACCUGGGAUUGUAGCUGGCCUUUGAGGCUUGGGAGAGGGGACUGUUCAGAUUGGGCCACUCGCAUAAUUUGAAUGCUUUACACAGAUUUUGAAAUCAGACCGACCUGGGUUCGUGCUGCAGUGCUGCCACUUAGUAGCCACACAUUCUCCUCCUGAGGCCUCAGUUUCCUCAUCUGUAGGCGAGAGGCCGGACGUAGUGAGAUAAGGGUGUGGCGCACUCGCAUCCUGUUGACAUCUGAAGCCCACGGAACGUCCGCGGCUGCUGUUAUUUUACUGGGUGGCGGGUGGAGGGCGGAUGGAUGGAGAAGGCAGGGCAAAGGCUGUAAGAGGUGCCUCGGCCCUAAGCUACCUUAGGGAUGAACGUCAGCGCCAUAGCAAGGGGGGGGUGCAGGUUGAAUUCGGUCUUGGAGGCACAUUUGAAGUGGUCCCUGAGUAAGGAGCUAGGAUGCCACCUUGGAUCCACUGGGCUCCUGCCCACCCCUGUAGGCACGGCAUUUACCCAGUGGAUAUUUUGGAAGAUGACCCCGAGAGGCAUCAGGAAGCAGCUCUGGCUUACUACGCCUCACUCAGGGAAGGAGCUCGGACCUCAUCAGAGAUUUUCUCUCUUCCCACUGGGGAGCAGGUUAAACUUGAAGCUUCAUCUGUUUGCUUUUGCACCGUGUACCGCGAUGAACCUCAGCAUAAGAUACUGGUUUUGGUUAACCCCCAGGACACGAAGACAGUCGUGGCUGUUUACACAAAGAAGUGCUGGUGGUUCACGGAAGAUGUGCUGAAAACCUCAGAUCCUGCAAGAGAAGGGCUGAUGAAGGUUCAGUCAUUUGGGGAAAGGAUUGUGCUUUUCAUCCUGAAUGUCAUUAUUUUUGGAAGAUUGGAGAGAAAUUUGGAUGAUGACGACAUGUUUUUUCUACCUCACUCUGCGAAGGAGCAAGCUAAAAUUCUGUGGAGACACGGAGCAGCUGUUGGAUUUUACACGAUCAAAAUGAAAGGCAGCCUAUGUGGCGAUGGCACCGGUGCAUGUUACCUGCUGCCUGUCUUCGAUACCGUGUUUGUCAGGAGGAAACACCGUCGCCAAGGCCUGGGGAUGGCCAUGCUGCAGGACUUCUGUGAGACGUUCCCAGAAGACGAGGCCCUAGGGAUCAGUUGCCCGAUUUCUCCUGCCAUGUACCAAGUCUGUAGGCAGUUCCUGCUGGCCCAUCCAGAGGAGCGAGGGCGCCUGUGGGAGGUGGAGCCCCCGGGGGCCUGGGGCCAGCGCGGCAACAUCUGGCUCAAGGUUCAACUUCUCCAGGCAGGACUUCGAGACUCACACCCAGGACAUUCCAAGGAGGAGGAGGGCGUGAAUGGUCAUGGACAGACUUCUCGGGGUGACAGACCCAGACAGUCUGCUAAUGGAGAAGGCAACAAGGAGAGGACCCGUGGAGAAGAACUGGAAAGCACAAAGAAUGAUGGAGAUUGUGGAGUGAAAGAGGAGGAAGCCAGGCUGCUGGAGAGACCCUGUGGGACUGAGCUGGCAGCGCAGGAAGCCAAGAGGACAGUGGCCGUGGCAGGGCUGGCGGGGGAGCCAUGGCGGAAGCUCCCACGGCCCAGUUCCUGACUCCUCCAGACACCCAUGUGGGCCGGGCUGGGCUCCCGGCACUGGUGUGUGUCCAGGAGCUGGCCUCCUGUCCUUGCUGUGCCUUCCUUGUAAUCUCUGAGGAGACAGUGACCACAUUGGCUCCACCUACCUCAGGCCUGUUAUGUGGGCUCAGGUUCUAGAAUGCCUGAGAAUGUUCUAUGUUAAGCAUGAAAUGCUAUAUAGGAUUGAGGAGUUAUUUUCUCAAGUUACUUCUUGGCAGUUCCAAAAGAUUUCAGAAACUCAUUCAAAGCCUGGUAGAGUUUCUGUUCUCUAGAAAGAAUUGGUGCAACUGUACCGGACCCACAGGAAUGUUUUCCUGAAUAUACCUCUUUCCUUAUACAAGUGUAACAAGCUCAGGGAGGGGCCGUGCCCGUCUGAUCCAGGCUGCAGAAACCCGGUUUAGGUUGGUGCACGCCAGCCCUGGCGUUACUGUGUGAACACAGACACCAAAGAGGUUUCCGGGGAGACACAUUCCUUUUCCAGGGAAGCUUCAGCCCUCAGAAGCCCCCUGAGGGCAGGGGCCGGGGCUGGCUGGUUCCCACCGCAGCCCUUGAGCUCAGAGCUGGCUCCAGCCAUCACCUAAUUCAGAUGGGAAUCCACCGCAUGAGAAUUUGGGCUGAUGGCCCUUCUAGCAUAUUGGUGGCCUCAAACAGAAAGGUGUGUGGUAGGAAAAGUAACUGAAAAUGACAGCCUGGCUCGGAUGUGACAUUGGCUUCCCCCUUCUCAAAUACCCUUGAAGGGCUGCUUGGUGGCAUGUGCUCAGCCGCUCUGGGGAUGCAGAGCGCAGCCGGGGACCCCACCCCAGGCCGCCUGCCCUCCACAAGGGUGAGGCACAAGUCCAGGCUGCUUCGUGGGGCCCCAGAGCCUGCUCCCCGAGAGCUGGGGCGGUGCUUUCUCUGCGUUGGGGCCCAGCCUCGCCGACGUGCAUUAGGAUUUUUCCCAGAGAAAGCUGGUCAGGCCCUCUUGAAGCAGACAGCAUACGUCCCAGCCCCUGGUUUUAGGCAGAUGCAAAUCUGAUCACAUCAGGACAGCCACUUCAAUCCCCUCUAUGGCUUGUCACAGUGGGCACAGCUGACUGCCCUUGUCAUACUCCAGCUGUGGGGUCGGCCCAUGCCUGCCUGGCUGCCCCUUGUAUUCCCAGUGCCAGCAUAGGGCUGUCCCUCAGUAGCUGUGGGGACUGGAGGGUGGGGGUCAUCUCGGGACUGGGGGGGUCACAUCUCCCUUCUAUUCUUUUGUGGCUGGAUUCUGGAGAGGAAUAGGCUUUUACCUUUUUAGGCAUGUAAUAAAGUCAUUCUUGUGGCCUGGGGCCUAGAGUCUCAGGGUGGUGAGUAGACACCAGAAGCCCCAAAUUCUGGGAAUACACCUGCUGUUCCCCUGUGUAGUCAGAGGACACAUGCGGCAGGACCUCUGUUACUUAUUAAUCCAUGCACCCAGCGCUCUGUCCAUCUGUUUAUCCAUACUCCCUCCAUCCAUCUCCCCUCCCUCCCUCUUUCCUUUCUUCCACUCAUCUCCCCAACUAUUUACCUCUCAAUCUAUACAUCUCCUCAGUGAUUCAUAUCUCCAUUCAUCCAUCAUCCAUCCAUUGACCUGCCCUCCCUCCCUUCCUCACCUUUCUUCCUUCCAUUUAUCUCCCCAUC